UAACUUGCAGUCUAAUAAGUCUAGCUAGCAAGAGUAAUAUUUUAGAUACUUGCAUUCUCCAUCAAUGGCUCCCUCCAAAAGGACAAUGUUGUUUGUGUGCCUCUUGGUUGCUGCAGUGGCAGCAGUUGUUCCGAUAGCUCAAGGAGGCCUCUUCGGGAAUCUUGUUGAUCUCAUCCGCAUCCAAGGCAGAAUCUUUUGCAGUGCCAAUGGCGGUGCCACUGUUGGUACCAACGGCACCAUUCUUACCCCAGCAUUUGCAAAUGCUACCGUCCUACUACGUUGCGGAGCAGGAAAUGGUCCUGUGCUUGGAACUGUGGAAACCAACUCCGACGGAAUGUUUUCAUUCUUGUUAGACAGUUCCUACUUUAAAACAGCUCAAAUAUCGUCCGAAUGCCGUGUUGUGGUUACAACACCACUUGGCAGUUGCAACGCCACCCUCGCUUCAGCCGGAAGUCUCACAUCCAUCUUGACACCACUCGGAAACACCACUGUUGGCCUCUUGCCCAUCGUCAAUUUCGGUACAUUCGGGAUGUUCAAUUACACCAAUGUAACAAUUAAUUAAGGCUAAUCAGUUAAUGAUAUGGCCUAUCUACGUAUUACUUUUAUGGGAAUAAUCAAUUAAGGUUAUACACUACAUUCUUCGGAAUUGGGAUGUGUAUAAUUUCUUUGAACUAUUUGUCUUCCAAGUAUAAUUAAAGUAAUAUUUGGAAUGCAGAUUUUACAACAAGUAAUUAAUAAAGGCCACGUUGCU